AUGACCCGGCUGCUGUGUAGUGCAAUUGCUCUGAACCUCUACUCCUCCAAUGGGGCAAAGGCCCAGCAAUGCCUCCCAGUAGUGGCUGCUUGGGUCUGGAAGUUUGAGAUGCAUGAACGGACAAGUCGUUUUGUGAAAAUUCCACGAUCAUCUUUCACAUAUUCACCUGUGAAAAGUGCCUGGCACGUGCUAGGGCCGGUGCAGGAAGUACGGCUGUGUAGCUGGGCUAAGACUCCCAUUCCUGACCCAAGGGGGCUGCUCGUCACCAAAAAUGACUACAGUGAACAGCCUUGCAUCUUUGUGCACAUUUAUGAUUCUUUCAUCAUGAUAAAUUACUGGGAACUGAAUGCUGAAAACAGAGAUCUUUAUCCUUUGUAUGGAGCAGAACAGAAUGGCCAAGUGAAGAUGUUUUUCAUACUGGUUAUAUUUAUGGUGGCAUUUUUGGCAACAUUUUGGAAUUCAGAGUCAUGUGAAGGAUAUUUCUUUUCUGCCAUUUUAUCUAGAUUUCUCUAUUCUAAUCUUGAUAACGCCAAACCCAAAUAGAAAUUCUUUGAACCCAGUCAUCGAGAAUAGCCCCUCCAUCAUAAGCGCCUCAGUAAAAGUCAGAAAAUCCAAACCGGGGAGAAACGCCACAAAUGUACUGAAUGUGGAAAAGUUUAUCUGAAAGCAAAGCUUGUUGUAUAUCAAAGAACUCAGACUGGAGAAAAGACUUAUGAAUGUUAUGAAUGUAAAAAAAAUUUCAGUCAGAAGUCAGUGCAUACAGAUGAGAAGCCCUAUGAAUGCAAAUGCAGGAAAGCCUUUAUCCAAAAGUCAACUCUAAUUUACCAUCAGCAGACUCAUAUAGGACAGAAACUGUUUGCCUGUGGUGAGUGUGCAAAAACCUUUAAGAGUUCUUAUCACCUUAUUAGACAUGAAAGAACACACACCAGACAAGCAUUUUAUAAAGGGAUUGAGUCUGUUAUGUCCAGCAUUAUACAUGAAGGAAUUCAGAUGGGUGGGAAACCUGAGUGUAGUAAAUAUGAGACAGUCUUUGAUGAGAAGUCCACCUCCAUUAAAUAUCAGAGAAUACACAUAAAAGUGAAGCCUUAGGAGUGCAAUAAAUGUGGGAAAAGUUUCAGAGGAAAGUCACACCUCUUUGUCCAUCAAUGCACUCACACUGGAGAGAAGCCUUAUGAAUGCCAUGAAUGUGUGAAAGCCUUCAGCCAAAAGUCAACUCUCAUAGCCCACCAGAGAACUCAUACAGGACAGAAGCCCUAUGAAUGCUGUGAAUGCCAAAAGACCUUUAUCCAGAAGUGGAUUCUGAUUAAACAUCAGUGA